GUCCCACAAUUUGUUAUGAAAAAAGUUAUAGUCAAGGCAUUUAUUUUCAUUCGCAGUCUGUAGUUUUUAGUUUAGGAAAAAACCUCCUAAAUUGAAUUUUCCAUUGUCAAACAUUGUCAAACGCCUGUUUGAGCUUCAUUACGAAAGUAUGUGAUGAUAUAUUUCGGACUAUUUCAUCAGCGUCAAGUGCAACAAUAAUCGUUAAAAUUUCAACAAUCAACUCAAUGAAUUGUCAAACCCCUUGACAACAUGCGCUGGCGAAUAAUUAUUUAUCGCUUGACUAGCGGUAGAGCUGACAAGGUUGUUUUGUACUUAUUACGACUUCGCCAUCGUUGGAAGAUGAUAUCGAUAAUACGUUUUGUAUUACACGGGGCACUAAAUUACUACAUAAAUGAACAAAUGCUCAGUUCGUAAGGUGAAAACAAAGAAUACUUUUCUCAUUCAAAUGAGUCGGUAACAAUUCAAUCGCAUAAAAGUAAGUAAUAAAUUGUCUCACCAUCGAAAUCAUUGUCUUCUUCUUUGAUAGAAUUUUAUUUACCAAGUUUUAGAUUGCAGAAUUUCUAAUUAUAUUUCGAUCGAAAGAGUUUUCAAAUUUGGGAAUAUCGAUCAGAAAAAUGAAUCGAGAUCAUGUUGAUUAUCAGCGCGAGCAUAAAAAACUUCUGGAUAAACCAGCUGAUGAUUUAGUCGUCUCAGAAUGUGACGAUAAUAAAAUUACAUCAAUUGCAAACAUUUGUGAGGAUGAUGAUAAGCAGCUUCCAGAGAGUCCCAACACUGAGGCUGGUUUCAAAAGGAUCAUACGAAGGCUAACAGGUAUAGGAUGGCUGUCAUGUCGAAACAUUCUGUGGUACCUAGUAUUCACUGGAGGUAUCGUCAACUACAUGAUCAAGGUCAGUCUGAAUCUUGUGAUAGUGGCAAUGGUGAUACCGAGAACAGAAAAACCUAGCAGUCUAGCUGAAUGCGAUGCUGUUGCAUCAUUAGCACCAAAUUUUAAUUCCACGUUUCAUUCUUACGAAAUGUUGAAUCAGUCGAGUGUGAUUCCUGAUAUUGAGCAGCAGCAGCAGCAGCAGCACGUUGGAAAUUUCAACUGGACUGAGUACCAGCAAGGCCUAGCCCUGGGGGCAUUCUACUGGUCAUACUGGACGACUCAAGUACCUGGUGGGAUUUUAGCCCAGAAGUACGGAACGAAACUCGUAUUUGGUGGAGCUAAUUUCCUAGCUUCUCUCCUAGGGCUCCUGAUUCCCACUGUCAUCAAGUGGCAUUUCAAUGUCUUUCUGGUCCUCAGGGUUCUCCAGGGCGUAAUUCUGGGUGUCGUCAGUCCGUCCACAAAUGUCAUGACAGCAAAAUGGAUUCCCCCAAACGAAAGAAGUAAAUUUGUCAGUGCUUACAUGGGUGGAUCAGUGGGAAUCGCAAUUACAUAUCCAUUAUGCGCAUUUAUCAUUACUUAUUUCAAUUGGGAAGCGGCAUUCUACUUCGUCUCUGGCAUCUGCAUAAUCUGGUAUUGCUUUUGGUUGUUCUUCAUGUUCGAUUCACCCCAGCAGCACCCUAGAAUCGCCAAAGAGGAGCUCGAGUACAUCCUGGCAAACACUCCUGCCUCGUUGACAGCUUCAAGAAAACGAGCCAUCCCGUGGAAAGCUAUUCUCAUCUCCCGGCCAAUGUGGGUUACGGCUGUUGCACACUGGGGUGCCACCUGGGGGUUCUACACUCUUCUUGCUCAAGGGCCAACUUAUUUCAGGUUCAUACACGGAUGGGACCUCAACGCAAUCGGCCUGAUUGCAGGAGUUCCCCACAUUCUCCUCAUGAUUUUCUCCUACUUAUUCGGUUGGUGGAGCGAUUGGCUCCUGAAAUCAGGAAAAAUGACUCGAACAGGAGUUCGAAAAUUGGCGAUUACAAUGUGCACGGGGGUUCAAGCGGCGUUCACUGUGGGUCUGAGUCUGAGUGGUUGUCAAUCAACACUUGCCGUGGUCUUCAUGCUGAUGGGAACAACGGUGACGGGGGGAAUAUCAGCGGGAACCGUGGCUAAUCUUGUCGAUCUGAGUCCCAACUUCAGCAGUAUUCUCUUGGGAAUUUGUGGCUUGAGUGUUAAUGGUGUGGGUGCCAUUUCGCCGCUGAUUGUUGGAGUCUUGACGAAUGAUAAUCAAACUAUUGGACAAUGGAGACUAGUCUUCCUCAUAGCAGCUGCAAACAUGAUGAUCGGUUUCAUCAUCUUCAUGAUUUGGGGAACAGCCAAUGAACAGUCAUGGAAUUUCUCCAUUGAGGAAUCUGAACGUGCGGAGGAAAUACUUUACAAGGAAAAAGACGUUCAAUUAUUUGAAAAAAACCAAGACGAAAGCAGUUUGUCAAAAAGUUGAUUGUACAAAUGAAUAAAUAAAAAAUAUCGACUGCA